ACCUAUAUGAGAAUAACCUGUGACUUGGCAAAUUUUUGUUAUUUCUAUCCACGAUUUGAGGAAGGCCUGUCUUAAAAAUUGCGCGCUGAAUACCUUCAAUUUUCAUCCUUCGUUUAUGAUUGAUCGUGCUAUAGUUUAUUCAUUGUCGAUUGUUUAUAAAAUGAUAACACCCUAACCAAAAUCAGUCGUUAUGUUUUAACCAGCCAAGUCGAAAGCAUUUAUUCGAGGACGAUUGAUUAUUUGCAUUAAUUUUCGAAAUGGACAAUGAACCUAUCAAACCUGGCGACAGUGGGUCUCAAGCUGAUUUCAUUCAGAAUGAAUUAAACUUUGACGUUGAUCCAAAAGAUACCCUGACAAAAGCUACCUUAGAAGAUCAUACCGAAGGAGAAUGGAUGGAUGUACUUGGGGUUGGUCAACUGAAAAAAAAAGUAGUAAAAGCUGGGCAGCCAGGAACAAGGCCUAAUCGAUCAGAUAUUUGUACAAUAAAACUAACAGGGAAACUGGAAGAUGGAAAGGUUGUUGAAGAUCAUGAAAAAUUAACUGUCCAGUUAGGAGAUGUCGAAGUGAUUCAGGGACUAGAUCUGGUGAUAGCAUUGAUGGAUGUCGGGGAAGUAGCAGAAGUUGAAGUAGAAUCACGUUUUGCAUAUGGUGACUUGGGAAGAGAACCAGACAUACCUGGAGGAGCUAAGUUAUUUUAUACGCUAGAAUUACUGUCUGUUGAAAUGGAACCUGAAAUUGAAACUCUAGGGGUUGCCCAAAGAAAAGAAAUUGGGUAUAAUAAACGAGAGCGAGGUAAUUGGUGGUACACUCGAGAUGAAGCUUCCCUCGCCGUACAAUGUUACAGAAGAGCUUUGGAUUAUUUGGACGAAACAAAAGGUGGUAUAGUUUACCCUCAGGGUGAACCAGAUGAGUCUAUUAGUGACGCUGCCCUCCAGGCACUCUUGGAAGAUCGUAUGAAGGUUUACAAUAACUUAGCAGCCGCCCAAAUGAAGACCGAAGCUUAUGAUGCCGCCUCAAAAAGCAUUGAUAAUGUUUUGAGAUGUCAGCCUAAGAAUGUUAAGGCAUUGUUCAGAAAAGCGAAGAUCUUGCAACAUAGGGGGGAACGUGCUGCGGCGUUUGCAGUUCUACUACAAGCAUCUAAACUGGAUCCUGAUUCCAAAGCAAUUCAACAAGAACUGGCUGACCUAAAAGAAAAAAGAGCUAAAGAUGCAAAGCACGAAAAAAAUCUGUACAAAAAAAUGUUAGGAACACACAAGGCAAAUGGAACGUCCAACAAAAACGAUGAUAGCAUUAACCAAAAAUCCGCAAAAUCUAAAAUCGCAUGGAGUUUGAUUGGCGGAGCAGUCGCUGCCAUGGCGGGAGUCAUCGUUUACAGGUAUGAUAUAUUCUAGAUUUCUAUUACUGUGCGUUGAAUAUUCGAAUUGCGAUUACGGAUCUUUCACAUACCCUUGUAAGCAUUGCAAUGAUCAAAAUCAGUAGACAUAAUCAUUAAGAACAAUGUGUGUCGGCAACGUUUUACGUGUGUAAUCCUACUGUGGUGUACACCUAGAUUAUACGCUCGUAUUUGGUCAUUUAUUUCACAAAACGAAACGAUUUCUUACAUAUGAGAGUCUAUAUUAAUAUUGUCACCAGUAAUCCAAUGUCCUAUAACAUAUUCAAAUUUUCUUGAUUUUGUUUUCAAUACAGUUUCAUGUAUGAAUUUUUUACUGUUGAUCUUAUAAGCAAUAAUAAUGUUACCAUAUUAAUAUAUCCUCAUCAUCAGGUUGCUUGCAAUUAUCAUGUAUCAUUAGGAAGACUCACUAAGUUUUUUCCUAAAAGCCAGUCAAUAUCAUUUUUUUUGUAUCCGUAUGUCUUGUUUUCGAGAUCAAUGAAUCUGAUACUUGCUGAAAGGAAAUCUAAUGAAUGAAAUGCAUCAACAGUUUUUGUUCAUUUAUCCAAGUUAGGUUUUACAAAACUCGUAAUGGCAGUAGAGUGAAAAUGUCUGAUCUUUUUAUCAUUGUAUUCACUUUUAUUCAUUGACUUUGAUAAUUUGUAAUGACAGAUGAACAAAAACGUACAUUCCUUGAUCCACUGAUUUACCACUGUAAAGAAUGUUUGGUUCGAAAAUGUUUGCCAUUGGAUUGUAAUUGUCCUUCACCCUACAAUCAAUGAUAAUGAAAGUUUGUAGAAAUUUUUUCAUGUCAGUUUUACACAACCAACAAGUGAAAUGUGACCAUCGCUUUCGAAAUUAAAAUUUCAUAUUCAUUACUCGCCUAUAAACACAUUAUUAUUCACAAAUACAAAUGUAUUUAAUAUAUAAUAACUGAAUAAUUAUUAAUAAAGAAGACUUAGCUGAACAAAUUGAGUUGACUAUCAUGGAAGGCAUCGAGAUGAACGGAUUUGUUGGACAAUAAUGCAGCUGUAAUUUGGCACCACAAAAUCUGGACAAGUUACCGAUAUAGUACAGAACGUGUCUUGGACGUUGUAUUAUCGAAAUCAGGCUACAGACUAAAUAUCAUAAAUUACUUGUUGAUUAAUAAAAUUUUUAUAAAUCACGUGUGACAUUGAAUGAUCGACCAAAUAAAUCUUUGCUGAUAUCUGA